GGCGAGCGGCGGCGGGUUGCCUUCGGAGGAGGGGUUGUAGGUGGACGGUAGGUGGGAGAGCAGGAGCAUACUCCGUACACCGAGGAUUUCCAGGUAGCAGACAGUCUACGGCCCGGGACAGAGGGACCAGGACCAGCCUCGCGAAGGAGCGCUUGUCGUGGACCUUCUCUCUUAUUACGUGCCACGCACAGACAAUUCAAUUACCAAGUGUUUCAAGCAUUCGAUGUUUACAAUUUGUGAAAUGAAAAUUUGAUCUCCUUAAUGACUGUUCCACACGUGGCAAUUUUUCUUAAAUCGGUGCUCCUACGAGGUUCGAGAGACGGUUAUUAUCGGUGUGAUCGCUCUUACUAGGAUUGUAAUUCGGAUAUCGGAUUGGAAUCGGACCCGGGAAGAAUCAGUGGUGGACGAGGACAAUGAUCGGAGUCGUUCGGCCGGGCACUGCUCGGAGCACGUGCCUCGCACGCAGAAGGCGCUCCGAGCGGCAUCAACUGCGCUAAUCAAGGACCGAUUCGCGAAACAAAGUGAAUAAACAACGAGAUUUAAACAGAACAUUCACACGCGUGAUCAGCGUCAGGAUCUCCAGUGAGGUUUAACGGCUUCGAUCCCGCGGUCCCUCGUCAGGGGUGAACCGGCGACCAGGAAAUGCCAGCAGUAGCUCGUGCCGUUCACGCUUCGAAGACGAUCUCGAUGAUCGUUUUGUUAACGUCACUCCUGACGUUCAUCGGUUUCGACGGCAUCGGACACGUCAACGGGCACAAUGUUGACCGAUCCACCUUCCAUCAAGACUCAAACAGUAACACGGGGCCAGUGUUCAUCGCUCCAGUUGGGAAUCAAACAGCUGCAAUUGGCCGUGAGGUUGCUUUCUCUUGCAGCGUCCGUAACAUUGGCAAGUACAAGGUUGGCUGGCUACGUGCCUCGGACCAGACGAUUCUCUCGGUACACACGAGGACCGUGACGCACAAUGGACGUAUCGCGGUCUCGUACGAGACCGGCGGAAGUUCCGGGUCCGGCGCGGUGUCCGGUAACGCCUUCGGGGUGACAGGAAGCAGCCAGGCCACGGAGGAAGUCGUCAACGGCACGUGGCGGUUGCACAUUCGUCAGUUAAAGGAGUCGGAUAGGGAUUGUUACAUGUGUCAGAUUAACACCAGUCCGAUGAUAUCCGAGCUCGGGUGCCUGGACAUCCUCGUGCCACCGGAUAUCGUUUACGGUGGUGACACAAGCGCGGACUUGGCAGUUGCGGAGGGCGACAAUGCGACGUUAAGCUGUCGCGCGACGGGGCGGCCAACCCCGAGAGUAUCCUGGCGAAGGGAAGACGGAGAACCUAUUCUCAUAAGGAACUCUUCUGGUGGUGGUAGCCAUUUCCAGAGUCACGAAACGUACAACGGUUCACUGCUGCAAUUCCAUCGUGUCGAGAGGCGACAAAUGGGGGCGUAUCUCUGCAUCGCCAGCAACGACGUGCCGCCCGCCGUUAGCAAGCGGGUGACGCUCGCCGUGAAUUUUGCACCUGUCGUCAAAGUACCUAAUCAGCUUUUGGGGGCGCCUUUCGGCACGGACGUGCAGCUACAGUGCUACGUAGAAGCAUUUCCAAAUACAAUUAAUUACUGGAUAAAGAACCGGCGCGACUCGGAGGACGAGGAAGUCUUGCUCGAAGGAAGCAACCAAUUAUGCAGACUCAAGUAUAGCGUGAGGGAGGAGCGAUCCGGAUACAAAGUUCUGAUGUCGCUGGUAAUCAAAGUAUUCACGAAGCAGGACAUGGGCAGUUACAAAUGCGUGUCGACGAACAGUCUCGGGAAAGCCGAGGGCACUGUACGGCUGUACGAUAUCAAAAUCGAUGGUUACGACAGAACAUCGCGCGCAAAGGACCAUGUAUCAAUCAUCGGUGGUCUGGCCGAAGCAGCGCAAAGUUCGGACGCCGGUUACAAUGGACGUUGGGAGAGAUUGUCACACUUGCCGAUGUGUCUGUUAGUAACAGCGGUACUGUGGUCACGGUGAAGAAGGCCAUCGUCCCUCGUUGGUCACUGCUAAGCCGAGUGCCGGAUAACAUUGUGCCAAAGGACAAGAAACCAAAAGAACGCAUGAAUGUCGUGCGUGUGUGUCGUCCGUGUGAUCGUGUAUGUACGUAAACGUCUGUGAGAGAAUAAUUAUAUUGCUGCGUAACGCGCGCAUAAAGAAUUAAAUUCCGAAUGCUCGCGCGAAUGACACAAGCAACGGCGAACCAAAGAAGAAAAGUAAAUUGCCGAGACGCUCGCGUUCACCGAAUCUUCCUAUUUCCCUUUCCUACUGCCAAAUGUCGAAAAACAAAAAAAAAAAAACAUUUUUAGAUCAAUGGAUGUUGUCAAUGUAUCAAUGCGCCCGUUUAGAUCCGCGAUUCGUUCUUUCCUUUCACUUUUUCUUUUCGUUCGAUGUCGAUCACGAGAUCGAUUUAACGAGAGCCAAACGCCGAAACGAGACUUGGAAACGCUGAUGCAGCUUGGCCCUUCCUAAUAACGCUUGACAAGUCGAUAAUAAUAUUUCACAAUCAUUUUAUCAUUGGUAUCAGCGUUGCGGAUAUUUAGACGUGAUUGCAGGGAACUUAAUGUUUCGAAAUAAAAUUAUGCGAUCGAACGUUGUA